AAAAAGCCUAUUCCUAUUUUAUUACGUUUAAGUCUUUAUAAAUUACUUCUUAAAAUAAUCUAAUUUUUGGUAUGUCUUCUUUCGUCAACUCAUAAAUUCAACAAGACUCAAAUUAGACAGGGAUCUUCUCUUAAUUGAGGUUUCCUGCAUCAAUUUAGCAUCGGAGUAAGAUUCGAGUCAUGGCAACACAUUCAGGUAAGAACUUAAAAAAAAUUGUAAAAAAAAAAAAAUCAAAUUCAUAUGUAAGAUGGAAAUAUAAAAGCUACGUAAUUUUAAUCAACUGACUUAAUUCAUUUUAAUUUGAAAUAAUUUAAAUUCGUAACUUUAGGAAAUUCCCUAGUAAAAAUCAGAGAGUCCACCAAACAAUAACAAUGACCGAGUCAAGCCCGCCAUAGACGUGGGGCCCAACAGCAAGGACGGUCCACACUGCAAUAUGAUCCUUCUUCACAGUAACCAACGGAAUUCAGAAGCCGACAAAUCGCGCUGGCCAAAAUAAAUAAAUAAAUAUAAAAAAGAUAAAUAUACAAAAUAAAAGAAAAAAAAAAUAAAAACAUGAGAGAAGGAUAGAGUGUCUUGAAAAGUGGAACGACCUCCUCUAUCGGUUGACGUGUUUCUGCAUUCCCGGAUGGACUCGAAUCCCCAGCCCUCAGCUAAUGGUCCUCCCCCAAAACCGUGGGAGAGAGCAGGUUCCUCAUCUGGUCCUGCACCUUUUAAACCCCCAUCAGCUGGAAGCACAAGUGAUGUAGUUGAGGCGUCGGGAACUGCUAAACCUGGAGAAAUUGUUCCAAGUUCUGAUAGAAAUACCGCUGCUAAUAGAAAUGCUCUGGCUAGGCCGGUUCCCUCAAGGCCUUGGGAGCAGAACUAUGGAAGCAGCACCAACUAUGGAGGAUAUGGUUCCACUAUGAACUAUAACUCAGGUUACGGUUCUGGAAUAUCUGGAACGUCUGGAAUGUAUGGUUCAUAUGGUGGAAGUGGAGGAUUAUACGGUGGGGGGAUGUAUGGCAACAACAGCAUGUAUAGGGGAGGGUAUGGUGGUGGUGGUGGGCUUUAUGGUUCUUCUGGAAUGUAUGGAGGUGGGAUGUACAAUAGUAGUUUAGGAGCCCCAAUGGGUGGUUAUGGAAUGGGCAUGGGUGGUCCUUAUGGAGGUCAAGAUCCAAAUGAUCCAUAUGGUCCUCCUCCAUCUCAUCCUGGGUUUUGGAUUUCAGUACUUCGGGUGACGCAAGGUGUGGUUAACUUUUUUGGUCGAAUUGCAAUUCUCAUAGACCAGAACACCCAGGCAUUCCAUUUGUUCAUGUCUGCACUUCUUCAGCUUUUUGAUCGUUCUGGAUUAUUGUACGGAGAGCUAGCUAGAUUUGUAUUGAGGAUACUGGGUGUUAAAACAAAAUCCAAGGUUCAUCCUCCAGGUCCGAACGGGUUUAAUGGACCGCAUGGACCCAACGGACCCCAUGGACCCUACGGAGGAAACCAGAACUUCAUUGAGGGUCCGAGACCUGCUCCUAGUGGUGGUUGGGACAAUGUUUGGGAAAAUGAUGCUGGUAAAUGAAGAGAAGUGAUAUUUGCCCGCCCGGUGAAUCGUGCUUGCAACCAGGAAAACAAGGAGGAAGAAAGGAAUAUCUUCAACCCCCACUUUAGUGAACAAGAGUGCCAAUAGAAUCGAAUGUAGAUGUGGAGUCCUGUAUCUUUGCUACUGGUACCAAAUUGUUUGUGGGUCAUUAGAUGAGGCAGUGAAAAAAAAGUGUGACAAAAUAAGAUAUAAGCAUUGUGGACGUUUUGAAUUUGAAAUGUUUAUGUUUAAUUAUAAGUUGUGAUUACAUUCUUAACAUUAGUUUCAUCUGGAAAAUUAUUAUUCAACUAA